AAUGGAAGCAACCAGAUGGAGGAGGAGGAGCAGCAGGAGUGUGGCUCAGCUUUUGUUCAUUUAACAUAUUCCACUGUUAUUGGCAAAGGACUUAUGUCUGUUCUUGGUCGCUCCAGGGCGUUGCGUUCUGGACCAUUCCUGGCUGCCGACGACGAAGGAGGAAGAGCAGCAGCAACAUGGAGGACAGCAGCAUGGACAUGGACAACAUGGGCUCCCUGCGGCCGCAGACCUUCCUCUUCGGUUGUGAAUUAAAGGCAGACAAGGACUAUCAUUUCAAGGUGAAUGAUGAAGAAAAUGAACAUCAGCUCUCUUUAAGAACGGUUAGUUUAGGAGCUGGUGCAAAAGAUGAAUUGCAUGUUGUCGAAGCUGAAGCAUUGGACUACGAAGGCAACCAGAUUACUGUUACGCUGGCAUCCUUGAAGAUGUCGGUGCAGCCUACGGUUUCAUUAGGUGGCUUUGAAAUCACACCACCCGUAAUUCUCAGGUUGAAAAGUGGCUCAGGGCCUGUAUAUGUCAGUGGUCAACAUCUCGUAGCAUUGGAAGAAGAGCCAGAAUCUGAAGAUGAGGAUGAGGACAUGAAGAUACUAAAAAAUACUGGGAAAAGGGCCUCAAAUGUGGCAUUGACUAAAGUUCCACAGAAAAAAGCAAAGCUGUCGGAGGAAGAUGACGAUGAUGAAGAUGACGACGAUGAAGAAGAAGAUGAUGACGACGAUGAAGAUGAUGAUGAUGACGAGGAUGUGGAUGAGGAAGAGGAAGAACAGAAGACUCCAGCAAAAAAACCAGCCCGAGAUUCUUCUGCAAAGAACACACCAAAAUCAAACCAGAAUGGAAAAGAUUCUAAGCUGACUGCAUCUAAAGCAAAAACUCCAGAGUCUCAUAAAGAGAGGAAACCACAGACUCCAAAAACACCACCCAAACCCUUCUCUUUAGAUGAGAUUAAAGCAAAAAUGCAGGCGAGCAUACAAAAGGGAGUUUCUCUUCCUAAAGUGGAAGCCAAGUUUGUGAAUUACAUUAAGAAUUGUUUCAGGACAGAGGACCAGAAGGUUAUUCAAGCACUCUGGCAGUGGAGGCAGACUCUGUAAGCAAGACUUAAAUGGUUCCUUUUUAAGUUGAAGUCCUGUAUGUUUAACCAUUAAUAUCUGGCUGUCCUUUUUAUAAAUGCUAAAGCUUUCCCUACAAAGUCUGAUUAAUGUCGUCCAGGAUGUUUUGCCAAGAAUGUGUUGUCCAAAAUGCCUGUUCAGUUUUUAAGACCAGGACUCACCCUUUGGUUAAUUUCAAAUAUGUAUGGAAUGUUUUGAUAAUGCAUAGUAGUGGUGGUCAGACAAAUGAACAUGGCGAGGAGACUAAAUGUAAAUGUGAAAAUAAAAUUUAGUAUUUUAAGUA